AUGGUGCACUGUGUUGCAUUUGGGUGCAACAACAAAAGUGACGAUGGGACGAAAGGGUUCUUCCUCUUUCCGAAGGACGAGUAUUUACGUCAAAAAUGGACGAAUAAUUUGAAUUCUCUGAGAAGUGUGGAUGGGAAGUUAGUUCCGUUUGUGCCAAGUAAGACUUCUCGUGUAUGCCUAAGACACUUUACCGAUGACAGUUUUGUGCAUUCGCCAAGUGUAAUGAAAUCAGUUGGGUUGACACUAAAACUACAAUUAGUGAAAGGGGCAGUGCCAACUGUUUUUCCUGAGACAGUUUCCUACAAGGAAAACAGGAAACCAGUUUCCAACUGUCUGGGUCCAGCAAAGAGAAAAAGGAUCACCUAUGACUAUAUUGAUGAUCUGAAUACAGAGCUCAUUCGACUGCGCAAGACGUACAACUCUCACAGGAAAGCACAGGAUGCUGCUCAUAAACUGUAUAUCUCACCACCACCACUUUCGUCAGGAGCAAGCCAUGUUUUGAAGUCAGAUGCGAUUCUCGCUCACAGGUCCAGAUUUUCAGGACAAUGA